UGCGCGAGCCCUCACGUCAGGGAAAGAUGCGCGGGAUAUCUUUUAUUCUGUAUGUUGACGAAUAUUUAACGACGUAUGGAUGUAAUACGAUAUAUGAGACGGUCACGUGUUAAAAAUAAGAUAUAAGUCGUUAAAAUUCAAUCUUGUGUGAGAUGAUGCUGAAACUGUAACCAAGAGAUCAGAACAAACAUCAGAUGUCUUCUCAUAUUGAUCCACUGCACGCGCUUCGAUGACUAAUUUGAGCUGUUUUGGACGUCCCCGCAGACGAACGGUUCCUCAGAAUGGAGGCAGUAGAAGUGAUCUGCUCAGGGUUCCUCUGCACUCCAGAGUGAACGGCUGGUCUCUGCCGCUCCAUGUGUUCCAGCUCAUCGCCUGGCUCAUCUACAGCUUCAUGGCCAUCGUCACGUUCGGGAUUUAUAUUCCUCUUCUUCCGCCGCCAUGGAGCUUUGCUGCGUACACUUUUAUCGGCACCGCUUUUCUUCUCCAUCUGUUAACUCACGUGGCGGCCGUGACAACCGAUCCAGCAGAUGUCAGCGUCCGCAGCAGGAAGGAUUACUCCAGCCCCAUGCCCGUGUUUGACAACACCAAACAUAAACAUGUCAUUGAUAAUCUGCGCUGUAUCCUCUGUGAGGUGGAUGUGGGACCCAAAGCCAAACACUGCAGCACCUGCAACAAAUGCGUCGCAGACUUUGACCAUCACUGCAAAUGGCUGAACAACUGCGUCGGAAGCAGAAACUACUGGUUUUUCUUCGUGGCUAUCUCCUCGGCUGUGUUGGGAACGUGUCUGAUUAUUCUUGUCGUGUUGUUCGUCUUCAUCGCACACUACGUGAACCCGGCGCUUCUGCGCAGCGCUCCACAGUUUCAGGCUGUCAAAGGGAAUGGAACGUGGCUGGUUUUUCUUCCGGCCGCUCCGUUGGAAACCAGCUCUAUUAGUCUGAUGGCGUUGGCCUUCAUCAGCAUCAUGUUGGCUCUGGCUUCUCUAUUACUGCUUUGUCACUUAUUGUGCUUCCAUAUUUACUUACUGUCUCAGGGUAUAAGCACAUAUGAGUACAUCAUGCGGAAGCGUCAUCCACCAAACCCUAAAGAAAAAGAGCAGAAAGUUCCUGCAGCGGCAUCUAAUGGAACCAGCACACAGAGUCUCGGGCCGUUGAAAUCACCGGUCGACUGUGACGCUCCGUUGAGCCGCGGGUCCUGUACUUUCAAACUGGAAGACAAAGGACAAACGUCCAGUCGAUUGCAAGAACCCAUCUGUGCCGACUCAGAGAUGGAGGCAGCCAGAAGAGAAAGACACACAGACUACAGCUCAGAGGCACCAACACAAAUGAUUCCAGGUGAGCCUAUGAUGUCACUUCCUGUGGGCUGUAACCUCAGCGAGGUGGAGAAGCCUCAAGGCGCGGGACAGAGCGGUACGACGCGUGUUGAGGGAAUUCCUGUCGUUCAGGACCCGCUGGGAAGCUCCAUCAUGGACACAACAGUGGUUCAUCAGCAGCUCAUGACUGACACGCAGCCGGAGGCCGUUUACCCUCAGUGUUUAGGGUUAAAAGAGACCAUGUGAUUGGCUGAAAGAUGCAUGAUAUGACCUCAUGGAUGUCCAGAGAGUAAUGAGAAGCACAGUUAAAUGCUGUUGAUUGUUACUCAAGAAUACAUCACAAAAUAAUGCUGCAAGCAGUGUGUACUGCAGUGUAUACUGGGUAGUGAACUGGAAAUCCAAUCUGGAAAAGAUAUUCAAUGCUGAGCGGCAACACGACUGAAUCUUGUUUGAUAAAACAAUUUAACUCUGUAAUAUAUGGGGGACGCAUAGUUUUAUUUAAUAACUCAAAGUUGAAAUGCAGGUCACUUGUUGUAGUAGUUGUUUAUAUAUUUUAAAAUCAACACUCGUGUUUCUUUCAUAUGUGUUAUGAUCAUUAACACCACGUGAUGA